AUGCUGAUGAACUUUAUCUUUAGAGAGCCAGAAUUGGCUCGAAAUCGUCAGAAUGCGCCGAAUUUGCCUGUGCCUGGAGAUGCUCGUCAAGUGGAGGAAUAUGUUUUUCAGAAGUGCCUUAGUAAGGACGAGUACAUGCGAACGAUCGCAAAGGUCAUCAAUGCGAUCAACUGUAAUUCCAAGUCAGCAGCGGUUCCAUCCGUGCUUCAACCUUCAUUCCACAGUCCUCCAUGUUCUGCUCCAAAUGUAAAUAAUACCAAUGCAAAUUCGACAUCAUAUCGAGCAUCGGUGCCUCCUGAUCCUCAACCCACACAGAUGCCACCACAUCAUGUGCAACAGCAACAGCAAGGACAGCAACCGCCUUCUAGUGGGCAGUCCACUGUGCUUGAAGCGCUGAUCAAUCAGCCUCAGUAUCCACCUGCCCCUCAUCAGAAUGAAAAUUCAGCCAGCCAUCAGGACCAGCUAACCUGCUCCUCAUUAACUGCUCGGGCUCAACAGUGUCGCAUGGAAGGAAAUAUGGAGGCCGCUCAAAAACUCGAGACAAUGCUUGGCGUCUUAGAAGGCAGGCGUGUCGUCAGUUUGGAGUAUUUGUUGAAUCUUGAAAACUGGAUCCACAAAAAGGCUGACUUUCUGGUAAUUUUCUUUCAGGAUACAACCGUUUGUUUUAGGGCUUUGCUUAAAGUCAUUCUGUUGUUUCAAGGGUGUCUGGUCUGCGUCAGUGAUAAAUUUUUGUUGACUGCACUCACUGCUGGCGCCAAUGCCUUUUUCUCAAUUUCAGCUCCGAGCCAAGGACCAAGAGGGACGUUACCCCUCUCCACAGUCCCUGCGACGUCAUCUACGACGUCAAACGUUACUGGUUCUGGUGGAGGCACUGGUAGCGCUGGUAGUGUAGGAUCCGCUGAACAGCCUGGUGUUGAUGACCUCUACAACAUGGAUGAUUUCCUUCCCACUCCUCUGGAAGCCGUUGCAGGGGUUAGUUUUCCCUUCUCCAAGCCGUCUCUUCCUGAAGCGGCUCGACGCGAGUUGUCACAAUUAUCCGAUAGAUUCGAAUUUGACAAUAAUACGGAAAGUCACCAUGAUCCUCUUUCCACAUUAGUGAAGUGCAAAAUAAAGGGCCAACAGGUUCCUGCUCUCCGACUGGUUAUUCCUCUUUCCUAUCCGGCAGCUCCUGCGACAGUCCAUCGAGCAGCGAUUGAUUUAGAUGCCUUCUUUUACGAUGACCUACAGAAUGUGGUAUACGAACGACUCGCUCGUCCUGGUCUCCAUUCAGUUACUGAGUUCCUGAACACAUGGGAGAGCACAGUGCGUCAGUACACCUCCAAUCAGAACAACGUGAACACUACAAUUUCGCCGUUUGAGGAGCUCUUCCAGAACUACGACAAUAUCAUCACCUAG